AUGCCUGGGCUCCCAGCUUCCGUCGAUCUUGACGAGUGCAUCUCGCGCUUGUACAAGAGGGAACUUCUCGCAGAAUCCGUUAUCGAGGCUAUUUGCGCCAAAACCAAGGAACUGCUGAUGCGCGAGAGCAACGUCGUCCACGUUCGCGCCCCCGUCACCGUCGUCGGCGAUAUCCAUGGCCAGUUUUACGACCUGAUCGAGAUCUUCAAAAUUGGUGGCUGGUGUCCAGACACCAAUUACCUGUUUCUGGGAGACUACGUCGACCGUGGCAUGUUCAGUGUCGAGACGAUAUCUUUGCUUGUGUGCUUGAAACUACGAUACCCCAAUCGCGUGCAUUUGAUUCGAGGCAACCAUGAGUCUCGCGGCGUCACCCAGUCCUAUGGUUUCUAUACCGAGUGUUCAAGAAAAUACGGAAAUGCCAAUGUGUGGCAUUACUUCACCGACAUGUUUGACUUUUUGACCUUGAGCGUGGUCAUCAACGACAAGAUCUUUUGCGUCCACGGUGGCCUUUCUCCAUCCAUUCAUUCAAUCGACCAAAUCGUCAUCAUUGAUCGUUUCCGCGAAAUCCCCCACGAAGGCCCCAUGGCCGACCUAGUCUGGUCUGACCCCGAUCCUGAGCGUGACGAGUUCUCUCUCAGUCCACGUGGGGCGGGCUAUACCUUUGGCGCACAGGUGGUUAAGAAAUUCUUGGCUGUAAACAACAUGGACCACAUCUUGAGAGCCCACCAGCUGUGCCAGGAGGGCUUCCAAGUAUUAUACGACGAUCGAUUGAGUACUGUAUGGAGUGCGCCCAACUACUGCUACCGAUGUGGAAACAUGGCUAGUGUCUUGGAAGUCAGCGAUACUGGCGAGAGGUUUUUCAACGUCUUUGCCGCAGCACCAGAGAAUGACCAGCAUAAAGACAUGCAGCUGGGUGGUGGAGAGAAACAGGCAGAUGGCAACUCCCUUCCCGAUUACUUCCUGUAG